UCGCCUAAUGGUACCAUUUACCCCUGUUGUACCUGGUAGCCAUAGCGAUGGGGCGGUUUCAAAAUACCCCAUGGAGCCACGCCUCAAAUCCAUUCAUAUUAUUGGGAGGUCUUGAAACUGUAGGUCAAUCUGCGAUUACGGGAAGGAAAAAUGUUUUUCCUCUGUUUAACCAUGUUGUGGAAGAAUAUUGCCACAACGCCUGAUAAGAACUCAAUUCAAAUUCUUCUGUGACCGAGAAAGAGGACAAGUGCAAGUGUGGACGAAACUACAGGAUUCUUGACUACAUGGGACUCAGGAAAGUGCAGAUAUCCGUAACAGGUGUUCAAGUUGGUGCCAAGGUGUUCCUGUCACCUGCGAUGCGCAAUACCUGUCACAUGGAAGGACACACCUGUAUGAGAGAACCUGUUCAUGUCGGCAUGUAACCGUUGGUCUGAGAUUGUCCCGUGUGGAGCUUUUUACAUGCAAGUUUAAAAUAGUCUUACAGUGACCAAACAGUAACUCUUCUAGUUGUUUGCUCAAUUCCUAUGGUUUCUCAGCAACUUGACUUAUCAGUUGGGCUUUAUUGUAAAACUGUCUUUCAGUUAGUUUUACCUGUUUUAGGCUAAGUGCAGUUUUAUUGACUAAGUUACUUUAAGGAUCAUGGCAGUAAAGAUAAGAGGUCAGCAACUAAGCACUAUUGUGCUAUGCCUAGCAGCAUGUGUUUUCCAAUGUUUGUGGUUCCAGGCGUCAUCUCAAAAUGUUGCAUUAGCUUUAGAUGUACAAACGCAGUACACUUUUGAUAACCAUCCCGGCGUGUAUCGUCUUGGAAGUGCCAACCUCACCACAACAGUGUCCAUUCCUGCUGGAGGGGCUGAUUCAAAGUUGGAACUCACAUUGCCUCAUCUGAACUACACAUAUCGUAAAUGUGACCCACUCUCAGUCAAUGUUACGUCUUUCAAUGGGACCCAUAAUAUAACAGAGGAGCAGCUAACUACAAACUGUUACGACACAUACGGUAUCACCCUGUAUGUGGCCAUGGAAGGAAAUGACAGUGUAAUUACCUAUGGCAAUGAUUUGUCGACAAGUGCCACAACAAAAAUUACUGCAAGCGCUGAUGGGGAGAAGCUUAACUUUGAUUUUGGUAAUGUCGCAAAUGGAGCUGCAACUUCUCAGGACAUCACAAUAGCCACACCUUUCACUGUUCUUCCUAUUAAUAAUGUUCAAGACAUUCUGACGUUUGAAGCUGCUCCAACCACAAAUGGGACGCUUCAGGCUGUAAAUACGUCCUUUAUUGUGAUUGGUCCACAACUUGAGAUUAUUUUCACGGAACUGAACAAUUCUGGACCAAUAGAAGCUGGUGAUGUAGUCCAUCUACAAGUUGUUUUGCAACAUACUGGCCUAUCUACAGAAAAUGCAACAAACUUGCAGUUAGGAGGUAGCAUUUAUCCAGGAGGAACAUCAGCAGCUACGAUUGUCACAUCCUCAGUCUCCAUAUCCAGUGGCCCUUACAACAACUCUUUCACCACUGACGUGCUGAACUCCGGAGGCAACUUAGACUUUGGCCUGCUGCCAGUCGGCGAGACUGUUACCAUCCUGUUGUGGUUCGAAGCACUUGAUGGGCUUUUGAUCAAUAGAGAUGUGCAACUGUCUUUACGACUUAGAUAUGUGGACCUGGAAGGUCACAAUCUUGAGGCCUGGGGGACAGAAUCAAAGGCAACAAGAAGUUUGACUUUCAACGACCAGACAAAGUUCACUUUGAAUGUGGAGAACAACGUUGGGGUCGACCAAGUUGUGGACGUGAAUACAGCCUUCCUGAUGCCACAUGGGACACUUGCAGCAAGUUUGGAACUGGAGUUCCAGUCUGAUGCCCUUGGUCCUGAUAACAUAUUGCUAGUACGAGGAGACCUCCCACAAAGUGAGGAGGUGAAUUUCGCCAGUGAUGUUGCACCAGUAGAUCUUCUGUCACAGAACAGAAGACGUCGCAAGAGACAGAUCUUCAUCCCUGCAACUGUCCCCAUCAUCAGGACCUGGAAUGUAGGUGACAUCGUCUACCCGAGCAGUGUGAAUGGCAGGGGAGUGGACACAUCUGUAUCCAUGCUGGUGAGCUACCUGGUCAACCUGGACCCUACACAGGUGCAGAAUGGAGUACCAUUCAGCCUCACAGCCACACUGAGAGCAGCAGGUACUGCCAUUCCUCUAGGAACGAGAACAUUUGUCUUGGGCCUUCCAGAGCUACAGAUGGAUCAAACAGUACAGAUUGCAGAUGACACCACAAACCCAGACGAGGUACGCAUCAAUGUGACAGUUAGCCACACUGCCCAGUCAUCAGCAGAUGCCUUUGAUGUCACCAUUUUCUGCAAUGCCACAGGCCUGACCAUCUUCAACUACAGGAAGAUGAUCCCCAUAUUUGUUUCACCGGAGGUCACAGUGCAAGGGUCAGAGAUCACAGUCACCAGGACUCAUCUUCCAUUGGGGGAGGAACUGCUCCUGUCAUUCCAAGCUGAGAUGGAAUGUAAAGAGCGAGAGUGUGCAGAGAGCAGUCCUAACCUCACCAUCCCUGCUAAUGUCACCUAUCGGAGUGUGGCAGUACAGCAGACAGCCAACAGUACACAGUUCCAGGGAAUAGACUAUGGACCUCUCACAGACAGUGUUUGCCUUGGGUUCAACCUUGUAGAGCUCACCAGUUUGUUCCGUAACUAUGGUUACAUUGGCCUUGCCCUUAUUGUGUUCCUGCUGGUUGGCAUCGUUGUUGGCCUCCUGUGCUGCUUCCUACUGGGCAGGACAAGGGGCAUGCAAGUCCGCCCACUGCGUGGAAGGAGCAAGAAGAAGAAAGGUGGCCUGUUCUCUGGGCUGAAGAACAGACUGAAGGGUCUUGGUUCCUGGUUCGGAGAGCUGAACUUUGCUUCCAUCCUCACCUUCAGAGACAUUAGUAAGAUGUUCAGGUGGCUGGACAAUCUAGAUAUCAAGUCAUCCAUCGACCUUGACAUAAAGCUGCAAGGUCAUCGUCUUCAGCUGAUGAUUAAUUCCAUCAACAUACAACUGCAGAAACUCAGGCACAAAGGUGAGAUCUCCAGACCCAUCCUUGACAGGGUCCAGGACAAGUUCAAUAAGGCAUGGCGAGCCCUCUGCAGACGUCUGGGUGAGGAGUAUCAGAAAGCAUUGAGCAGGCUUCAUAAGAGGCUGGCAGCUAAGAACAAGGACAACGUAGACAGCCUCCAUAAGAAGCAUGAGGAAGAGAGAAAGCAGCUGAUUGACAGGACGACCAACACCCCUGAGAAGGAACGUCGUGAGCUGGUGAAACUGCUGGACCAGCAGCACCAGGUGGAGACAGAGGAGCUCUCAUACAGGCUACAGCUGGAGCAGGCAGAGGAGGAGGAGAAAAUCAGGAAGGAGUUUGAGUUGAAGAAGCGUGUCGGUCUGAAGGAGCUGCAGCACAACCUCCUGAAGGAUCUGGCGGAGCAGGCAGAGCUGUCAGAGGAGGAGGCUGCACGGAUCAUGAGGGAACAUAAGGAGAACCAGGCAACCAUCAACAGGCUGAUGGACGAGGAGAUGUCACGGCAAAGGAUGCUGCUGGAGGAGAAGCUGGCACAGAGGAGAGCCAUGGCAAAGGCUAAGGAGCAUCAGGAAGACCAUAACAAAAAGGUGCUGAACACUCUGGCCACACAGCAGGCAGGCAUUGUGCAGGAGAUGCGAGAAGAUGGGAAGUUGUCAGCUGAGCAGGAGCAAAUGUUCAAAGAGAGGAUUCGCAGAGAGAUGUUGGCGGCCAGGGAAAGGCACGAUAAGUCACGGGAGUCACAAGAAGCAGCACUCCAGAAGCGUCUUGCUGAGCUUAAGAAGAAGCGGCUGGCUGAGAAGGAGGCAGAGCAGCGGCAAGAAGUGGAUGAGUUUGAGAAGAAGCAGCAGGAGAUGCAGAGUGAGGGGGAGGGAGAUGCUGAGGACUACAUUGAUGCACGUCACCAGCUGAUGUCUCGCCAUGUCACAGAGAUGAACAACCUUGAGAUUUCAUUGGACAAGGAUGCCUCGGACCAGCUGGACAGGCUGACCUUUGACCUGACAAAGAUGGCCCAGGAUGAAAUUGUGCUGUUCAAGGACAAGCUUUGUGCUGAACUUGGAAGUGCUGGACUGAAAGAGAAGCAGAAGAAUGAGAUUCUUGCCCAACAUCAGCGAGAACUGGAGCAGCUUAAUGAAGUCCACGAGGAGCAGAAGAGGAAGCAGACACGGGAGCUGGAGCGUCGUCUGGAGGAGAAGAGAGCGGAGCUGGCCAAGAGGGCAGAGCUGGAGAGGCAGGAGCAGGAGAAGAUACGGGCCAGGGAGGAGAAAAUUGUCGGACACUUGAUCAAUGCACAGACAGCCAUCUCUGAGGAGGACAAGGAGAAGAUUCUGAGGGAACAUGAGAAAAAUGUGGCAACACUUGAGAACAACCUGACCUUGAACAAGCUCCACCAGCGUCGCAUGUUGGAGGAGAAGCUUGCCCAGAGGAGAGCCAAAGCCAUGGAGAAACUGCAGAAGAAACAAAUCAAGCAGGAAAAGAAGCGCCAGCGUUACCGUGGCAGUGACUCGGAGGGAGAGCUGGACGAUGUGAGCCUGCUGAAGCAGCAGCUGCAGGAGAGGAUCAGCCUGCUGUCGGAGGAGAGUCAGGCCAGGAUGGAUGACGACAUAGAAACUAUCCGUGUGGAGAUGCUACAGGAGCGAGCGCAGGCCCUGAAGGACCAGGAGGAGCGGCUGGGGGGGCUCCUGUCAUCACUGCAGAUGGAGAGGGCUCGAGAGCUUGCCACCAUAGAGGAGCAGAGAGAAGCGCUGAACAAGCUGACCACCAACCUCGUUGACGAGCUGAGUGACAAGGGGGUGCUGACUGACCCUGAGUGUAAAAAAGUCAUUGAGCAGCACAAAAAGGAUGUGGACAAACUUGAGAAGAAGCUGCACCACCAGCGCCAGCGGCAGGAGGAGGAGCUGAAGAAGAAGCUGACAGAGAAGAUGAUGCAGCGGGAGAAGUCCAUGCUCCAGCUGCAUGAGGAGAGGCUGAGGGAGAUCCACAGUCAGGAGGCCAGCAAGACUGCUGCAAGAUUCAAGAUGGCUGCCAUGAAGAACAAGUACAUGAUGGAGAGCGAAAAGCAACGUGGAAGAAAAUCUUACGCUAACAAAGGCUUCCAAGACUCUGAUCAAGAUGAUGAUGAUGAUGAUGACUGUGAGACAUCUUUCUUUGGGUCCAGGAUGACCAUGGUUAAACACUACCAUCAUUCUGAGUUAGCAGAGGCUAGGCAGAAGAUGGAGCGAGGCGUAGAGCAGAACCUUGAGGACUACAGACGACAGUGGGAUAUGAAGAGGAAACAGGCACUGCAAGAACAGGAGCUGAAGUUUAUCUCCGGGCUGGUGAAGACAGGCAGGUUUGAGCGGGAGGAGCUGUUCUCUGUCCUGACUCUCCUCUUCCCCCACAACACUGACAUCAGUCAGAUCCUGGAGAAAAUCUACACAGAGGAGUCCCACUCAAGUGAUGAGUCGGAUGGUGGGCGCAGGAAAAAGUCUCGAGGAAUCUCUAGAAGGGAGAGCACGUUAGCCUUGAGGAUCAGGGAGGCCACACUAGGACCUUACACUCCACCUCCUUCCACCAAGAAGAAGAAGAGGAAAGAAGGUGCCUUAAAGAGAUUAAAAAAGAAGAAACACCUUCCGCCCCUGAGGAAUGCUCCAGAAACCCGCCCUGAGCCGUUGGGAGGGGUGGAUUCCCCUCACCUUCAGGAAUAGGGAUGAUCUUCAAGGUCAUGGCUCAAAGAGAUUGAAGAAACCAAAGGAGCCUCGACCAGAUCCUUUGGGAGGGUCUGAAUCACCUGACCUGGCACACUGAUGGGCACGGCUGUCAGGGAACCUGUCCGUCUUGGACCUUCUCGGAAACCUAGACCCAAUGACUUUUGUUAACAAUCAAGGGCAGCUGUUAAAAUGUCUUGAAUAAUUAAGGGAUACGUUUUGUGAAAACAUCAGUCUAUUAUUCGUAACAUAGAAUUGAAUCAAAGUAAUUUUUAAAUUAUAUUUCAUAUGUAUUUUUGAGAGAAAAACAGAGACCUGCAUGUAUUUUAAAGCCAGUCUUUUAUAUGUAUAUAUUGCAGUUUCUAACCUUUGACCACUUGCACGUACUAAUUAUUUUAGCUAUGUUUGCUAUUAUUAAGUGCAAUAACCAAAACUCCUGCAGACUCUAGAUGGAUUCAUCCUUUUGUAAACACUUGGAGAUACAUUAUAAUUUUGUCUGGGUGAAUUCAAUAAGACUACAUAUACAUGAAACUUGUACAUAAAGCAAAUCGUGACAAUACUGCUCUCUGAUCAUGGCUAUGUUCCAACUUGACUAUUUGAAGAGGCAGCUUUUAUCAAUCGAUUGACCUUGUGAAAGUCAAGGAUAAAUUGUGCUUGUGUAGUGUAAAUUCUUUGAUGGAUAUUUUCAAAAUGCUAUUGCAAUUAUGUAACUUUUGUAUUUUCUGUAGCUUUUUUUAAAAACAAGCAGCAUGUACAGAACAUGACAGAGCUUUCCAGAAAAAAAAUAAAACUGAUGCAAGAGAAACUCUAUCCUUAAGGAACUUUUUGAAACUACAUGUAUGUAUAUGCUAAAUGAGCAUAUUGUCUUUUUAUGUUUUGGGAUGUCUACAGUAAGAGCAAAGACAUCAAUAGAACCAAUGCUCAGCUACACAUCUCUUGACACAGACACACACACACACACCCAAAACAUCGCCAUUUUCAUGUAGAUAAUCCAUAGCAAGAUGACUUUUUUACAUUGCCCCUCAAAUUGGUUUUGUAACUUUUGUCAGGCCAUGUCAGACACAUUGUACAUGUAUUCAGCCAUUGCCUGAGAUUACUUAAUCUAAUUAAAAGAGUACUUGGGGAGUUUAGC